AUGGGGACUACUAUUUCAAAACGACAAUCUUGCGUCUCUGUAACACACAUCGACUAUGAAGAAACAACAAUAUCAGCUUCAGUAGCUCCUAACUAUAGAAUACAUCAAAUAUCUCAUUCUUCUCAAUCUCGAAACGGUGAGAAAAUCAAAUGUGUGUUAACUGAAAACCAAAUUUUUGAUUUAGUGAAACGUGACAAUAAACAAUACUUGCAUGAUUCACUUCUGAUGAGUAUUAUACCCUCAAGUAAAUAUACAUCGAAUGAUUUAAAACAACUUAAUCAGGUAUUUAUUUAUUGGAUGAUGGUUAAAUUAAUUAUUAUUAAUUUUAAAUGCGACAGAGAGGUUCAUAAAGAACUUUUGAACAAUUUAGCUGAAUUUUCUCGAAAAUAUUAUUUGAAUAAUACAAAUGAAUUGAAACUGAUUGAUGAAUUUGCACACAAUUAUCAUGGACAUACACCGAUUUGGUGGUAUACAAUGACUAAUUUUAUUCGUUGUAUGCUUAAUCAAGCAUUCGAAACCAAAGAUAUCGAGAUUCAUAUUAAAAUGGCAUUUUUUAUAAAAGAUCUUUAUCAACAAUUAAAAAUUUUACAAAUGAAUACAGUAAAAACAAAUAAAUUACCGAUAAUUGUUUAUCGAAAUCAUCAAGUUACAAAUGAAGAAUUUGAAAAUAUCAAAAAUAACAAAGGAAAUCUUUUAUCAUUUAAUAAUUUUAUCAUAGCAGAUCAUGAUCAUGAAAUACAGAAUAAUACGAAUACUCUUAUGGUUAAUAUUUUAUUUCGUAUUAGAAUUGAAUCGAAACGUACAUCAACACCUUUCACUUUCUUUCAAAAUGACAAUGAUUCUGGUGAUGAACAGAAUUCUUUUAUUUUUUUCAUGCAUAGUAUAUUUCGUAUUGUUGAUAUGAAACAAAUUACAGAACGAUCAUGGGAAGUAGACCUUACGUUAACAUCAAAUAAAGAUGAACAAGUAACAUGUCUUACUGAUUUAUUACGACAUGAAACUCGAGAAACAGUUGGUUGGUUAAGACUUGCGCAGUUAAUGUCAGUUAUGGGCGAUUUUGAUCAAGCAAAAUAUAUCCAUAAUAAAAUAUUUGAAUUAACACCAGAAAAUGAUAUAUCAACACGAGCACGUAUUUAUGUUGAAUUAGGAAAUAUUGAUAAUGAAUUUGGAGAUUAUAAAUCUGCAAAUACACGUUAUGAAAAAUCAAUCGAAAUCCAACAACAACAAUCUUCUAGUCAUCAUUUACUUCGUUCUUCUUAUAAUAAUUAUGGUGAAGUUCAAAGGCAACUAGGAAAUUAUUCUAAUGCACUUUCUGUGCAUAAAAAAACUUUAAAAAUGAAAAAACAAUAUCUUUUUCCAGAUGAUUUAUCAUUAGCUAUUACUUAUAAUAAUAUGGCACUAGCUAGUGAAUCACUUGCUAAUUUUUCAAAUGCAUCGAAAUUUCAUCAACAAGCACUUUCAAUUAAAAGAAAGACUCUUUCAGCUGAUCAUCAAGAGUUUGCGAUUGCAUAUAAUAAUAUUGGUGAACUUCAACGGUUAAUGGGAAAUUUUUCCCUAGCAUUACAAUAUUUUGAAAGAGCUUUAAAUAUUCGUUUGAAAAAAUAUUCUACUAGUGAUGGACCAGUAGCUAUUCCUUAUAAUAAUAUGGGUCGUAUUCAUUGGGAACUAGGAGAUUAUGCUCUGGCAACAUCAUAUUUACAAAGAUCACUUGAUAUUAAAUUAAAAACAUAUUCAUGUAAUCAUCCAUGGUUAUGUUGUACUUAUAAUAAUAUUGGUGAUGUUCAUCAACAAAUGGGAGAAUAUGCAAAUGCACUUUCUUAUUAUCAAAAAGCACUUGAAAUACAAGAAAAAGCAUUUCCAGCAAAUCAUCCUGAAAUAGCUAUAACAUAUACAAAUAUGGGCAGGACUCAUCGAUCUUUGGCUAAUUAUCCAACUGCUCUUUCGUACUAUCGAAAAGCAAUUGAAAUCCAGCAAGAAACACUUUCUAAUAGUCAUCCAUCACUUGCAAUAUGUUAUAAUAAUCACGGUCAUGUAUGUCAAUUAAUGGGAAAACAUCAAACUGCAUUGGAAUAUUAUCAAAAGACACUUGAAAUUCAAGAAAAAUCUCUUCGUAAAGGUCAUCCAUCGUUAGCUGCGACUUAUAACAAUCUUGGAGAUGUUGAAAGACAAUUAGGAAAUUAUACUAAAGCAUUAACAUUUUAUGAACAAUCACUUGAUAUUAAAAAGAAUUCUCUUCCAUCUUACCAUCCAACAUUGGCUAGCACAUAUAAUAAUAUAGGUGUUAUCUAUCAAUCAAUAAAUAAUUAUUCAACUGCACUUGAAUAUUAUCAAAAAACAGUAGAAAUUCAACAAAAAACUCUUCCAUCUCAUCAUCCUGAUUUAGCUGUUUACUACAUUAAUAUAGGCGCUAAUCAUCAGUCAAUGAAAGAAUAUGACACUGCACUUGAAUAUUUUAAAAAAGCAUUAGAAAUUCAACUAAUAAGUCUUACAGCUUCUCAUCCUGAUAUUGCUGUUACGCAUACUAGCAUAGCAACUGUAUACGUAAAUCAAGGAGAUUAUAAAUCAGCUUUAAAGCAUGAACAAAGUGCUGUUGAUAUUGCCAGUAAAACCUUUGCACCCGAUCAUCCGAAGAUCCAAAUGUUUCAAAGUUAUCUCGAACAAAUACGUGCGAAAAUUAAAACAACAUAA